UGGGGAUGUUGAGAUUAAAAUUUAUGUCGCGGGCCACAUGAAAACAAGCUGCGGGCCUUUGUUUGGACAGCCCUGUUCAACGGUAAUGCGAUCACACGUCGACGUUUAGCGCUCUGAUUGGUCAGCUUCAUUUAACUAACCAAUCAGUGGGCAAAACGCGGUAACGUGUCGACCGAGGUAACGUUAAACCGGUAACGUGUUAAACAACUUGUUUAGGCCCUCUGAGUCUCGAUAACAAUUACAAUACGGUGUUUGACAACAUUCAAAAUACUCUACAAAAUAUAGAUAUUUUACGAGACAAUAGUCUAAAGAAUACCACUUCUACUUUAUUUUAACAAAAUAAUGUAUAUUAUUUACAUAUUUCACAAAAUAAAAAUGAAGUUUUUUUAAAUAAUUUCACGUGAAUCGAAACGCUCUGUGAUUGGUGGUAACACUCGUGACGUCACACGCCAGCGAACAGGUGUUUUGCGCUAUUGAUUGUCGUUGGAGUUUACUGUGUUUUGGCUGUAAUUUCUAUUUGUAAACUAUUUUCGAAGAAUUACUUGUUACUACUUGCUACUACGGACAUUGUUUAUAACUAGUGUUAUUAAUAUUAGUUUACCAUACUAAAAAUGGACGCAAAUUUUGUGCAAGCCGAUAGCAGCAACUUACCCAGGAUAGACGCUUUAAUGGUUGCACUUUUUUUUAAGAAUAACGCUGAUUAUUAUUCAUCUGAACUAAAAAAUGUGAAAACAGCAGUGUCUGCAAGGGAAUCUUAUGGUGACGACGCCAUUGGCUAUGUGCAAAUCAAACGGGAGCAAGGAGUUUGCACAAUGAAAUGCAAAAUAUGCCCAGAGCAUAAAGUUCGGUCAAAGGCAUAUAAUGUAACAAUGAUUAUCAAUGAAGAAGAUAGUGAAGUCAUUAGCUGCCAGUGCCUUGACUGUGCUGCUUCAGCUGGGGGAUGCAAGCAUUCAGUUGCUUUCCUGAUGUGGGUCCAUCGUCGCACUGAGGAACCUGCAUGUACUUCAGUAGAAUGCUACUGGAAAAAACCUAUUCUAUCGCGAGUAGGGACCACUAUGAAAUAUAUCACUGUUGAGCAGAUGUGUGAGAAAGCAGUGCCUCAUAGACCAAGUUCAUCUGAACUAUAUAAUGAAUUCAUUUCUGUGGCCAAAUCUAGAAAUAUAACCAAAUGUGAAUUACUUAAAUAUCAAAAUGAUUUUAAACAUAAAGAUGUCAUGCAGUAUUCAUUACACUGUUUUUUGAUGAAUCAAUCAGAGGAAACUAGUGCUGAUGUUGAUAAAUUUGUUGAAGUGAUGAAGACAAAUAUCACAGAGGCUGAAAUAAGUGCCAUAGAAGAAGCAACGAGAAAUCAAGAUAAAAGCAGUUUGUGGUAUGAGAUGCGUUAUGGCCGUAUCACAGCUUCAAAAGCAUAUCAAGUGAGUGUUUGCCGGACACCAGAAGGGUCAUUGAUUGCUACUGUGAUGGGUGCAAAAAUACCAGAUACGCUAGCAAUGAAAAGAGGAAGAACUUUAGAAAAGGCAGUCCGAAAGAAAGUUGCUUCCAUAUUGAACAAAAAAAUAAGUAUAUGUGGACUUUACGUAUGUAAUGAGAGUCCCAUGAUUGCAGCAUCUCCUGAUGGCCUAACAAAGGAUGCUGUUAUUGAAAUAAAAUGCCCUACUCAGGCUAAAACCAAAGAGAACUAUAUAAAAAAUGGAGUAAUUACAGAAAAAUUUAAUGCACAGGUGCAAUUACAAAUGCAUGCAACUAGCAUGAAAAAAUGCUAUUUCUGUGUUGCAGAUAGCAAAUUUGAAGAGAACCAAAAGGUGGAUAUUCUUUUAGUGCAUUAUGAUAGUGCUUAUACCCAUAAUUUACUGCAAAAGCUGGUUACUUUUUGGAAAAAUAAUGUUUAUCCAGUUUUGUACCGUAGCACUAGGGUGACAGAUUAAUAAAUAAAAAUGUUUUCUGUG